CGCGGAGAGAGCACACACACACACACACACUCACACACGCGCGCUCUCUCACACACGCUCACACACACACUCUCUCUUGCGUGCGCGCAGACACACAAACACACACACACACACUCUUACAGGAGUGGAACUCUUCCUGUUUGCGUCUGUUACUCAACUGACAUGCUUUAACACACACACACUCUCUCUCUCUUUCACACACACACACACACACACACACACACUCUCUCUCUGUAACGGACGCGACACUCUGUGAGCCGCAUGCCUCUCGUCUUUAAUCGGCGGGAAUUUGAUCUUUGCUGCUGCCGCUGCUGCUGGAUAUAAGGACUGGACACACACACACACACACACACACACACACACACACACACACACACACACACACACACACACACACACACACACACACACACACAGUCACACACACACACACUCACCGGCAGAUGAGAGAGGAGACGAGAGGAUCUGAAAACUGGCUGCUGGAUCAGAGAACUGGAAAUAAACGCUGACGGACACACACACACACACACACACACACACACACACACACAGACACACACACACACUGAGACGAGGCGAGAGGACUGGAGUGGAUCGCAGGGGACACACACUCUCUUCAGCGGAGCAGCGGAGACACGAGGGGAUUCACACACACUUCAGCUGAGGACGCCAGGAGAAGACACACACACGCGCUAACACACACACACACUGACACACACACACACUGACACACACACACACACACAGGCUGACACUCUGUCUCAAGGACCUGAGGCAAGAGCGAGGAUCACACACAUUCACCUGACAGACAGACACACACACACAUACACACACACACACACACAGGCUGACACUCUGUCUCAAGGACCUGAGGCAAAAAUGAGGAUCACACACACCUGACACGCAGACACAGACACACACACACACACUUCUCUCCUCUCCGCUUCUCCUUCCUGUGGAUUUUUAUUGGAAUACCUCUGUCUGCACAUGCCAGCCGGUGUGUGUGUGUAUGUGUAUGUGUGUGUACAUCUACCUCCAACUCUGCCUCUGCGCGCGCGCGUGUGUUUGUGUAGUGUAGAGUAGAGUAGUGUGAGUGUUCGUUCGGACCCCGGACCAUGACAGGACUUGGCGUGUGUGUGUGUGUCUCCCGCAUGUGUGUGUGUGUGUGUUGCCACGGUGACCACAGACUAAGAUUCUAAAGAUGAUGGAGGACAAUAAGGAGUUGGCGCAGCGCAUCGAUGCCGCCGUGGCGACCGCCGUCCAGGAGGUGUGUGACCUGCGCUCGGAACUCAGCGCCACCUCGCGCCGCCUGGCAACCGAUGCCCACGGCAACCACGCCAUGGCAACCAACGUCAGCCCCUCGCCCUCCCCGGACGCCCAUGCCAACGCGGUGGCUGUCGCCGGGGGCAACGUGUAUCAACAUCACCAUCGGGCAUCGCCACCCUCACCCAGACCGGGACACGAAGCCAGCCCCACACACGAUGCAGUUCUGCAUGGUCACCAGAGGGGGCAGGAGAGUGCGGAUCUCUGCUACAGGAGUGACAUCAGCACAUUCAUGGACUUUGGAUCUCCUGAUACUACACUGGAUAAAGUUCUCCUGCGUGAGGAGGUGAUUCAUCUCCAGGAGGAGGUGUCUCUCCUGAAGCAGAUGAAGGACAUGCUCAGUAAGGAUCUGGAGGAGACGCACGGAGGCUCCGCCCACCUGCUGUCCGUCACGGAACUCCGCGUGCAGCUGACGCAGAAGGAGGCGGAGCUGGACCGCGCACGCGAGGCACUACAAGCCAUGAAGUCGGAUCGUAAGCGUCUGAAGGUUGAGAAGGCCGACCUGGUGAAUCAGAUGCAGCAGCUGUACACAACACUGGAGAGCAGAGAGGAACAGCUGCGAGACUUCAUACGCAACUACGAACAGCACAGGAAGGAGAGUGAGGAUGCGGUCAAGACGCUGGCUAAGGAUAAGGACGUGUUGGAGAGGGAGAAGUGGGAUCUGCGGCGGCAGGCCAAAGAGGCCACGGAGCUGGCGGCCAUCUUGAGAACGCAGCUGGAGCUCAAAGACAACAGAGUCAAGGAGCUGGAGGCGGAGCUGACCAUGAUGGGUAGUGUAAUGGCCCAGCGUGUGGAGGGCAGGACAAUGUCGCGCUCCGUGGAGAGACAAGCCUCUCCCAGAGCCAUGUCGGCCCCCAGGUCAAUGUCUGUCAGAUCAUCAGUGCCCACCCCCUCCUGUGAUAGGCUGCCCAACCAAACCCCCUCCUCCGAUUGGUUACACUGGUGGUUUGUCCCUCCCCCCUCCUCCAUGGCUAAGCAGUCUCUGGCCACCCUGACUAAGGACGCGGCGGCCCCCAAGCGCCAUUCCUUCGCCAUGCCAACAGACGCGGUCGUCAACGGCAACCAGGAGUGGGUGAUGCACGCCGACCUCCCGCUCACAGCCGCGAUACGACAGAGUCAACAGACACUCUACCACGCACACACACACAGCGCCGAGAGACCAGUGUUGUGUAUGUGUGAAGGUGACGGUGUGAUCAUCCCGGCGUCUGCGUCUGUGCGUGUUAGCCCCUGUCACUCGCGGCAACCAUCUCUCCUCCAAUCAGAAGCCUCUGCUGUCGCCAUGGAUGACAGAAGCUCUACCCCCUCUGACCUCAACUCACCACGACACCGCACACACUCGCUCUGUAAUUCUCUGGAGGACCUCGAUGAGUCCAAGCGCAAGAAGAAGAAGGAGAAGAUGGGUUUGGGUUCGCUGUCGCGCGUCUUCGCUCGAGGGAAACAGCGGAAGAGUAUGGAGCCGGGCCUAUUCGACGACUCCGACAGCACGUCUAGCACCGCCCCCCGGCUGAGCCUCAGCCUAUCAGACGUGGAGGACGUGCAUCUGGACCGCCUCCAGCAGGCGGAGCUAGCGCGGUCGACGCCCAUGUCACAGUGGAGGGCGGGGACAGUAGGGGCGUGGCUAGAGAUCGUCAUGGCGAUGCCCAUGUACCAACGGGCAUGUGCAGAGAAUAUAAAGAGUGGCAAGGUCUUGCUGAGCCUAUCAGAUGAGGACCUGGAGGGUUUGGGAGUGAGCAGCUCUAUGCACAGGAGGAAACUACGGCUCGCUAUAGAAGAUUACAGAGAAGCAGAGAAUGGACACGGACUGUCCCGCGCCUCAGAGCUGGAUCACCAUUGGGUGUGCAAGGCGUGGCUGUGUGACGUCGGGCUUCCUCAGUACUCACAGGCGUUCCACACCCACCUGGUGGACGGCCGCGUGCUCUGCUCCCUAACGAGACGGGACCUGCACACACACCUCAACGUGACCCGCAAGACUCACCAACUCAGCCUCCUAUUGGCUAUAGACAUCCUGCAAUCAGUGGGGUUCGAUAAGGAGGUUCUACAGGCUCGUCGGGCCCAGUGUGAACUUCAGAACCAGGACCCCCUAGUGUGGAGCUGCCCACGAGUUAUGAAGUGGAUCAGAGACAUAGACCUGAAGGAGUACAGUGAGAACUUGAUCAACAGUGGUAUCCAUGGGGCAGUGAUGGUAUUGGACCCCUCCUUCAGCAUCGAAACCAUGGCAACGGCCCUCGGUAUCCCAGGCAACAAGACGAUGGUGCGACGACACCUGGCUGAGGAGAUGAGGACCCUGCUGGCAUCCGCCAGGUCUGGUCUUCAUCCUGACGUGGAGCGGACGCCUCCUUCCUCUUCCUCUCGUACGCCCCCCUCCUCUCGUACGCCCCCCUCCUCUCGUACGCCCCCUUCCUCUCGUCAGAGCUCCCUGACUCGCUCACACACGUCUCGUUACCCGGACGACGACCUGUCACUCAGGAGACGAGCCGUCAAGCCUCCUCUUGGCUACAGUCCAAAAUCCCUGGGUGGGCGGGACUUAUGUUACCAUGGUAGCCUUGUGUCGUUGCCUAGAGACCCGCAGGAGUCGCCAUGGCAACCCAGAGACGCACAGGAGGCUCCGCCCAGAAACAAGGGAAGCCCUGCCCACAGCCACACGGGCAUCGAAGUCACCAACGUCUGAGAACUGUCUUACACACACACACACACCCACACACCCACACACACACACACACACACACACACACACACACACACACACACACACACACACCACACAUACACACACACACACAAACACACACGCACCUGCUGAGAGAACACACACACAAUAUUACAGAAGGGAAACACACACACACACAAUUUGAAAGAACACACUGUGCCAAUGCAUACAUGUGUGCGCGCACACACACGCGCGCACACACACACACACACACACACACACACACACACUAAUUCUAAGUUUACAUGUGUCACCGCUACAAGAGGACUUGAGAUGUUUAUGCUGUUGUGUUCUUUUGUUUACUAACAAUUACUAUUAUAUCAUAGCCUUUAAAUAAGCUUGGGUAGCGAUGAGGAUGA